AUGGGGAUUUCUUGUUUUGUCGUCGUCAGUAGCAGCGAACUAAGAACAAAUUGGAAAUAUGUAAUAUUCAUGGUCGGGUCGUCGAUAGACAAAAGCUUAUUACUUAAACAGUUUUGUUUCCUGGCAACUGAAAAUAAAAAAGUGCUAAGGGUCAUCGAGGGUAAACAAUUUUUGAAAAUAGUAAGUUUUUCCUCCCCUCUCACGCUUUCAUUCUUUCUUUCUCUCUCUUUCCUUCUUUCUUUCUAUCUCUCUCUCUCUUUCCUUCUGUCGUUCUCUAUCUUUCUCUAUCUUUCACUAUCUCUUUCUCUCUCUUUUCUUUCUCUUUCUUUCUCUCUUUCUCAAUCUUUCUCUGUCUCUUUUUUCUCUUCUCUUUCUCUCUUUCUCUCCCUUUCUCUCUCUUUCUCUCUUUCUUUCAAUCCUUCCCUCUUUCUCUCUUUUUCUCUCACCUUCUCUUUUUCUCCUCUUUCUCUUUCUAUCCUUCUCUAUCUCUUUAUCUCUCUUUCUCUCCCUUUCUCUCUCUUUCUCUCUUUCUUUCAAUCCUUCCCUCUUUCUCUCUUUUCCUCUCAGCUUCUCUUUUUCCCCUCUUUCUCUUUCUAUCCUCCUCUAUCUCUUUAUCUCUCUUUCUCUCCCUUUCUCUCUCUUUCUCUCUUUCUUUCAAUCCUUUCCCCCUUUCUCUCUUUUUAUCUCAUUUUCUCUCAGCUUCUCUUUUUCCCCUCUUUCUCUUUCUAUCCUUUUCUAUCUCUUUAUCUCUCUUUCUCUCCCUUUCUCUCUCUUUCUCUCUUUCUUUCAAUCCUUCCCCCUUUCUCUCUUUUUAUCUCUUUUUCUCCCACCUUCUCUUUUUCCCCUCUUUCUCUUUCUAUCCUUCUCUAUCUCUUUAUCUCUAUUUCUCUCCCUUUCUCUCUCUUUCUCUUUUUCUCUUUCUCUCUUUUUUUCUCUGUUUCUCUUUCUCAUUCUCACUCUCUUUCUAUCGGUUUCUUUUUUAUCACACUGUCUUUUUUCUAUAUCUAUCUAUCUAUCUAUCUAUAUAUAUAUAUAUAUAUAUAUAUAUAUAUAUAUAUAUAUUUCAAUUUUUUCUCUCUCUCUCGUUGUUCUCUAUCUUUCUCUCUCUCUUUUUCUCUGUUUCUCUUACUCUCUUUCUCACUCAUUCACCCUUUCUCCUUUCCCAGAAUAAAACCAUCAAAGUACAAUCACUGA